AUGGGGGAACUAAGGGUCAGCGGCAUGGACCCAUCCGUGACAACGGACGAAAUAGGGAGAGCAGUCAUCGAACAAGGUGACUGCUCCCCCACAGAGGUUAAAGUGGGAGAAAUCCGCCGAGUGGGAAACUCGGGCACAGCCUGGGUUCGAUGCCCACUUAGAGCGGCCAAGAAAUUGGCUCAAGUGGGCCACAUCAAGACGGCGUGGUUCCCCAUUAAGGUGGAACUUCUAGAGGCACGCCCCCUCCAGUGCUUCAAGUGUCUGGAGAGGGGCCACGUCCGGGCCAAGUGCCCCAACAACGUGGACCGCAGCGACACCUGUUACCGCUGCGGCACCGCGGGCCACUUGGCCAAGGACUGCACGGCGCAGGCUAACUGCGCUGUGUGCAAGGCGGCUGGCCGCCAGGCCUCCCACAGACUCGGAGGCCCAGCGUGUAAGGCCCCCAAGUCAGGGGGCAGGAGGAAGGGGGGAAAGGCUGCUUCGGCACCCUCCCCCCAAUCAGAAAAGCUGCCGGCGGGAACGGCGACCCCGCCCGGCGCGAGUGGGCCUAGCCCACAUGUUAGUAUGGAGGUGGAACCCUCGCCGGCAGCCGCUGGCGAGGAGAGUAUGGAGGUUGGCCCACAGGAGUGA